AUGUCCAAGGUAUUACUAGAAGAAUUAGAGAAAGGUGAAAAGGGUUCAGGUCCAGAUUACUGUUCAUAUGGGUUGGUUGAUUCAGGUGAUAGCACUUUAACAGACUGGAAUGGUACCAUUUUAGGUCCUCCACAUAGUAGUCAUGAAAAUAGAAUCUAUACUUUAAGCAUUAAAUGUGGUGAAAACUAUCCAGAAGUAGCACCAAAAGUCAAAUUCAUUUCUAAAAUUAAUUUACCAUCUGUUAAUCAAACCACAGGUGAUGUUGAUCCAUCACAAUUCCAAGUCUUGGGUAAUUGGAAGAGAAGUUUUACUAUCGAACAUGUCUUAGUUGAAUUAAGAAAAGAAAUGGCCAGUCCUUCAAAUAAAAAGUUACAACAACCUCCUGAAGGCGCUUCAUAUUGA